ACUUCGAGAUCCACCCGGACGUGGACUCCGCCAUGUUCGGCGGCAGGCUGCGCGGCGACCACACCGACAGCCUCUACAUGAUGGACAUGGUCCCCGGCGAGGCGUGCAGCUUCGAGGUGCUCGCCUGCUACCCCGGGAGCCGCUGGCGCUGGCGCCCUCUCCCACUGCCGCCGUUCCUCGACGACCCAAAUUACAGGACCCCGGACGGCAUCUCCUUCGCCGUGGUCGGCGACGGCGCCAGCACCAUCUGCGUGUCAUCCGACAGAGCGACCUACUGCUUCGACACGGUGGCGAUGCGGUGGAGCAAGGCGGGCGACUAGGUGCUCCCCUUCCGCUCCAGGCUGGAGCACGACGCCGAGCUGGGGAUGUGGUUCGGCAUCUCCGCCCGCCGGCCCGGCGAGCUGUGCGCCCUGGACCUCUCUGCCGUCGCGUCGGGCUCCUCCUGCGGCGAACCUCCGGCGGUGCGGCGCGUCGGGUUGGACGUUGAUCCGCCGGGGAACUGGGUGCUGAUAAAUGAAGCCUUGGUGAGCUUGGGCUCCGGCAGGUUCUGCAUCGCCAAGUUCUUCGAUGUUAUCGAUGAGUGGGACGACUAUGAAGCUCAUGUGGUCGCCUUCACCGGCGUGGAGGUGGUGCGCUCGGAUGAAGAUGAGGAAGGGGGACUCAGCAUGGUCAACCACAAGACUGAAUGCCUCCUCACAGAUGACAUCGAGUGUGUGCUCUGAACUUAAGAGAUCAUCGAUACUUUCUACACCUCUGAUGGAAAAGUAUCAUGUAUUGGUAGAAUAAUUUUAGAAAAAAU